AUGCCGCCGUCGACGCUCGCAUCGAUCGGCAGCCACCGCCAUGCGACCAUCCCGGCGCACAACGGGCCCUGCAACGUCGUCCGCUACAACACCCUCGGCCGGUACAUCCUGACGGGCGGCUCGGACCGGCAGAUCCACCUCUACAACGCCACGAACGCUUCGACGGCUGCAUCGCCGUCGAUACCCAUCAAGUCCUAUGGCGCACACAGCCACGAGAUCCUCGCCCUCUCAAUCUCGAGCGACAACAUGCAGUUCGCCUCUGGCGGCGGCGACAAGAGCGUCUACGUGUGGGACGUCGCAAGCGGCACCAUCCUCCGCCGCUUCAACGCCCACGUCGGCAAGGUCAAUGUCGUCGAGUUCUGCGGCGUGCCCUCCAACGCAUCGGCGGGCGGCGACUCGCUCCUGAGCGCGGCGGGCUUCGACGGAGCGGUGCGCUUCUACGACCUCCGCUCCCAGGGAAGCUGGAAGCCCAUUCUGGAGCUCAAGCAGUCGCGCGACGCCAUCCUCUCCCUGGCCGCCACCUCAUCCCGCAUCUACACGGGCAGCGUCGAUGGGCACGUACGCACCUACGACCUGCGGUCCGGACAGCUCUCUUCGGACCUCGUCGACGUACCCAUCUCUUCGAUCCGCCCGAGCCGCAACGAGACGUCGCUCCUCGUCGCGAGCCUCGACUCGACCGUACGCCUCUUCGACACCGAGACCGGAGAGUGCUUGCAGUCGUUCACGGGGCACAAGCAUGGCCAGUACCGCUGCAGGGCGGUGCUGACUACCGAAGAAGACGCCGUCGUCAUGGGAGACGAGGAGGGCAAGCUGCACGUGUGGGACCUCGUCUCGAGGCAUCGAAGGGAGGUGAUCCCGAGGGACGCCGGAGCCGCGGGCAAGGCGCACCCAAAAGGGAUCCUGUGGACCGAGAUCAACCCUCUCGCCGAGAACGGCAACGAGGUCGCUACCGCCGGCGCCGACGGCACUGUCAAAAUCUGGAGGAGCUCCUCCGAACCUCGGGGCUAG